AUGUUUCACCCGCCGCGGGUUUCAUCCUGGAUCUGGCGACCGCUCGAUCUCCUCGCGGAAGAGUUCCCUAGCAAGUCCACGCGGCUUCGUCCUUCGUUAACAGGGUGCAUCGUCUCGCUUGCGGCGGAUGUAGUCGAUGUGAAGCUCGAGAUGGACUUCAAGAUGCCGGCGUAUCUACUCUCGUUUUUACUUCUCUUCUCGCAGGCCACGGCUUUCUACGUACCCGGAUACUCUAUCGAUACAUAUCAGGAUGGCCAGAGAAUCCCUGUGCUGGUGAACAAGAUCUUCUCAGACAGUUCGCAGCUUCAGUAUGCCUACUCUGAUCUCCCGUUCGCCUGUCCGUCUACCGGCAAGCUCGGCGGCCAGAGUGUCUCUCUCAACCUGGGCGAGAUCCUACGGGGUGACCGCAUCGUCGUCUCUGAUUUUGAGCUGGCCAUGGGACAGAACGUCGCCUGCAAGCCGCUAUGCACUCGUGAGAUCGGACGCAAACACGUCAAGUGGGCGAAGCGGUUGAUAUCUGACGGCUUCGUUGCGGAGUGGAUCGUCGAUAACCUCCCUGGCGCGACCAGCUUCACGACCGUCGACAAGACGAAAAAGUACUAUACCACCGGCUUCAAACUGGGAUACCAGGCGCUGUCGUCGGCCAGCAGGAAGCCGGCGUACUUUAUUCACAAUCACUUUACCUUUGUUAUUCGGUGGAGGGACGCGCCGCGCGGAGAUGGGCGCAAGGUCAUCGUCGGCUUUGAGAUUUAUCCCAAGAGCAUAAAUAGAGACGACAGGAAGCAGGAUGGCUGUCCCAAGGACGUACAUACCCACCAUAACGGGUUUGAUCUAUACCUGCAACCAAACAACACGAGGCUGGCUCAGCAGUAUCCUGGCUCUUCUUACCUCCCAGAGGAAGAUGACGAGGUCGACGAUGGAGCAACGCUAUCGAUCCCUUACACCUAUUCGGUCUUCUUUAAAAAGGAGGAUAACGUUGAGUGGGCUAAUAGAUGGGACCUGUAUCUAUACAGCCAACAGGACGGUACGGCAACACACUGGCUGUCCCUUUUGAACUCCUUGGUCAUAUCCGGUAUUCUCAGCAUCACGGUGCUGGUCAUCUGGCGCCGUACGGUUUAUGGAGACGCCAAAGGCCGAGGUGACGGUUCGCUAGAAGACGGCAAAGCAAGGCUGCGAUCUCGCAAACCCAGUAGCACCUCGCCGGCGCAGGACGAGAAGUCGUCUAACGGCCUGCUUGAUAAUGGCGAUCUCUCGGACGAGGACCUCUCGUCUGAGGAUGACUUUGAGGAGGCUGCGUCCUGGAAACGACUCCAUGGUGAUGUCUUCAGGACACCGGCCUAUAGCGGUCUCCUCGCACCGUUCGUUGGGUCAGGGAUGCAGCUCCUAUUCAUGGCGAUCGGGUUGCUGUCCUUGAGCUGCCUAGGAGUGCUAAACCCGAGUUUCAGAGGCGGCUUCAUCAGCGUUGGUGUUGGCCUAUUCAUUUUCGCUGGAGUAUUCUCUGGAUACUUUUCUGCCCGGCUAUAUCGAACAUGUGGUGGACAGAAUUGGAGGAAGAACACGUUCAUAACAGCACUCCUGUUCCCUGGCCUCGUGUUUUCCCUGAUCUUCGUUCUAAAUCUCUUCGUCUGGGCCCAAGCAUCUAGUACAGCUCUUCCGUUUGGCACGCUGGUAGGCCUCCUCACCCUCUGGCUGCUUAUCCAAGUCCCACUUGUAUAUGCUGGAAGCUGGUACGGCUACGAGAGAGCGAAGCCCUGGAGCCAUCCGACGCGUACAAACGCCAUUCCACGACAGGUUCCAGUGCAGCCGUGGUAUUCAGGCACGGUUAGGGGCAUACUCCUUGCCGGCCUCGUUCCGUUUGCCGUCUUGUUUGUGGAGCUGGUCUUCCUAUUCCGCAAUCUGCUACAGGACAAAGCCGGAUAUUAUUACGUCUUUGGCUACCUGAGUAUAGUCUGUGCUCUGUCGCUUGCUUCAAUUGCCGAAAUGGCCAUCAUUACAACCUACGGGCAGCUUUGUGCGGAGAACCAUCGUUGGUGGUGGCACAGCUUUAUGGUCGGCGGAAGCAGUGCAGUCUGGGUCUUCCUGUACUGCAUAUGGUACUUUUUCACCAAGUUACAUAUCCGCGGAUUCAUUUCGAGUCUUCUAUUCUUCAGCUACAGUUUCCUCGGCUGCGCCGUAUAUGGCUUAUUAACCGGCACAGUAGGGUUCCUGGCAGCGUAUGGAUUUGUACGGCGGAUAUACAGUUCUGUCAAAGCUGAUUGA